AUGACCAUGUUGACGACAGAGCCCACUGAGGGGGCUGAGCAGCCCCUCGACUCCUCUUCAACCGCCAGCACCCGUUAUAGCAAGCACAUCAUUUUGACCACAUACCCAGGCCAGAGUGGCAUUGAGCCAGUUCCUCUCGAGUGGGGUGCUGCGGAUGCCAAAUCCCGAGGCCCGAUCGUUGUAUCACGCAGCGGGAACCUUCUCAAGCGCCGUAACGCAAUCGGUGCCCACGGUGGUAGCUACAGCAUCUAUAAUGCUCUUGCAAUUGCCGCGGGUGACUUGGACGCGGACUUCCGACCGGAUUUCCGCAACUCUGAGCCGACCUUCAACUUCCCCUGGCAACCUGCGUGGGCAGAUAAGACAAAGAUAGUCUCUUUGGAUCCAUAUGGUCAUGACAUUGUCAACCAGUUCAAGCAGGAGCUGGAGGCAGGCUGGGAUAUCCGCCCCACCAUGGCUGUCACUCGUGCUAACAUGAAAUUGGCGGAGAUUGCGGAUGAUGUGAAGAACGGUCUGCUCGAGGUGGAUGGGAACAUUCUGGUGGACUCUUCGGGUGAGGUACGAGUCACCAAGGUUGCUGCCGAACCAGUUUGGUAUCUUCCCGGAGUUGCAGAGCGCUUCGGAGUCGACGAGGGUACGUUGCGUCGUACUUUGUUCGAGCACACCGGUGGAAGUUACCCAGAGCUCAUCACUCGACCGGAUCUCAAGACAUUCUUACCACCCAUCGGGGGUCUGACUGUGUAUAUCUUCGGUCCGCCGGAGCGAAUCUCUGACGAGAAUGUGAAGUUGGCUUUGCGAGUCCACGACGAGUGCAAUGGAAGUGAUGUCUUCCAGUCCGAUAUAUGCACUUGCCGGCCAUAUCUGGCAUUUGGGAUCCGCGAGGCCGUGCGGGAGGCCCAGAAUGGUGGUAGUGGUGUGGUUAUAUAUUUCCGCAAGGAAGGUCGAGCCCUCGGAGAGGUGAUCAAGUACCUGGUGUAUAAUGCACGCAAGCGAGGCGGUGAUACUGCCGAUAAAUACUUCACCCGAACAGAGAAUAUUGCCGGAGUUCGAGAUAUGCGAUUCCAAGCACUUAUGCCCGACAUCCUCCACUGGCUUGGCAUAAAGAAGAUUGACCGCAUGUUGUCAAUGUCGAAUAUGAAGCACGAUGCGAUCGUUGAUACUGGGAUUCAGAUUCUCGAACGUAUCCCCAUUCCCGACGAGAUGAUCCCUAGCGACUCUCGCGUCGAGAUUGACGCUAAGAUCCAAUCGGGAUACUUCACCACCGGAAAGACACUCACAGACCAAGAGUUGGCUCAGGUCAAGGGACGUGGCUGGGAAAAGUGGGAAGACAUCGCUGUAAGUCGAAUAUGUGUUUCUCUUUGA